UCCAGUUCCAAAAUGGCCGCGUUGUUGUUUUGAUGAAUAAUACUUUGUGUUUGUUUCAUUCUUUACUGGAUCGAAAAGAAAAAUCCGUAAAACGGAGCAAUAUACAAUUACAGUUCCUUUAUAUUUAAACAUACAUAUAGUAAGAUAAAAAAAGGCAUUCGUCAAUUUGAAAUACUUGUAAGACUAUGCACUUUUGGUCAUAUUAGCUAGCUAGCUAGAUCAAUUGGAAGAGAAGGAUACCGAUAAGAGUGAGAUUAAAAUUACAAGGAAAGCUAUGGAGGAACUUAGUGCCGAUGAGAUCCGCAGAAGGCGAUUGGCCCGGCUGGCGGGCGGACAGACGUCACAGCCCACCACGCCCCUCAGCACCCCCCUAACGUCCCCGCAGAGAGAGACCCCGCCUGGCCCUCCGCCCGGACCCUCGGGAGUCCCUCCGCACCCCCCGGCCCACGCCCCCUCCCACAGCCUGGGGCUCAGUGUCCACAGCGGCACCCCGGCCACCUCCCCCAUCGGGGCCUCAGGGGUGGCGUAUCGGAGCCAGAGCAGCGAGGGGGUCAGCUCCCUGUCCAGCUCUCCCUCAAACAGCCUAGAGACCCAGUCCCAGAGCCUGUCCCGGUCGCAGAGCAUGGACAUCGACACGGCAUCCUGUGAAAAGAGCAGCAUGUCCCAGGUGGAUGUGGACUCAGGAAUAGAGAACAUGGAGGUGGAGGAGAACGAUCGCAGGGAGAAGAGGAACCCGGCCGACAAGGACUCCUCCGGUCAGGACGUGUCCGAGGAGCAGGCCCUGCAGCUCAUCUGCAAGAUCCUCCGCGUCUCCUGGAAGGAGCGGGACCGCGACGUCAUCUUCCUCCCCUCCCUCGCCACCGAGUUCCACCAGCACCCCAAAGAAGUCUAUGCGGAUUUCAAGGACUUGAUUGGCCAGAUUCUGAUGGAGGUUCUCAUGAUGUCCACCCAGUCGCGGGAUGAUAACCCCUUCGCCAGCCUGACCGCCACGUCUCAGCCAAUCGCAGCUGCCAAAUCUCCUGACCGCCAUCUGACAUUAGUCCCGCCCUCCAGCCAGGGGAGCAGCCCUAUGUUUGCCUGCGGCGGCUCCUUCGGUGCCAGCUCUCUGUCAAGCCUGGGGGCGUCUGGAGGGGGCGCUGUCUCCGAUUCGGGCAGCGACCGUUUCACCAUCGAAACGUGCAAGGAGACGGAGAUGCUGAACUACCUCAUCGAGCGGUUUGACAGGGUGGGCAUGGAGGAGAGGAAGGCUCCCAAGAUGUGCAGUCAGCCCUGUGUCAGCCAGUUGCUCAGCAACAUUCGCUCACAGUGUAUUUCCCAUGCUGCCCUGGUCCUGCAGGGCACCCUCACGCAGCCCAGGUCCCUGCUGCAGCAGUCUCUGCUGGUGCCCUACAUGCUGUGCAGGAACCUGCCGUACGGCUUCAUCCAGGAGCUGGUGCGCAUGACUCACCAGGAGGAAGAGGUGUUCAAGCAGAUCUUCAUUCCUAUUCUUCAAGGGCUGGCUCAGGCCGUGAAAGAGUGUUCCUUCGACAGUGACAAUUUCAAAUAUCCCUUGAUGGCUUUAGCGGAGCUGUGUGAGAUAAAGUAUGGAAAGACGCACCCAGUGUGCAAUUUGGUGACCUCUCUGCCCCUGUGGUGUCCGGAGCCCCUGAGCCCCGGCACAGGCCGGGAGGUGCAGAGGCUGUCCUUCCUGGGAGCCUUCUUCAGCCUGUCCGUCUUCGCUGAGGACGAUACCAAAGUGGGAGAUAAGUACUUCUCCGGCCCGGCGAUCACCCUGGAGAACACGCGUGUGGUGAGCCAGUCCCUGCAGCACUACCUGGAGUCCGCCCGGGGCGACCUUUUUAAAAUCCUCCACAAUAUCCUGCUGAACGGAGAGACUAGAGAGGCGGCUCUCAACUACAUGGCGGCGCUCGUCAACCGAAACGUGAAGAAGGCCCAGAUGCAGACGGAUGACAAGUUGGUGUCUACGGACGGCUUCAUGCUGAACUUCCUGUGGGUGCUGCAGCAGCUGAGCAUGAAGAUCAAGCUGGAGACGGUGGACCCCUUCUACAUCUUCCACCCCAAGUGCCGUCUGAGCGUGAGCAGCGAGGAGACGCGGCUGAAGGCCACCAUGGAGGAGCUGAAGGGCUGGCUGCUCGAGCUGCACGAGGACCCGUCGAAGUUCUCGGAGCCCAAGUUCCCCACGGAGUGCUUCUUCCUCACGCUGCACGCCCACCACCUGUCCAUCCUGCCCGGGUGCCGGCGCUACAUCCGCAGACUGCGCGCCAUCCGCGAGCUCAACAGGACGGUGGAGGAGCUGAAGAACAGCGAGAGCCAGUGGAAAGACUCCCCCCUCGCCCCCCGACACAGAGAAAUGCUCAAAAGGUGCAAGACCCAGCUGAAGAAACUGGUGCGCUGCAAGGCCUGCGCAGACGCGGGGCUGCUGGACGAGAACCUGCUGCGCAGAUGCCUGCAGUUCUACAGCAUGGUGAUCCAGCUGAUCCUGCGCAUCGUGGACCCCGCAUACCCACACAUGACUUUACCCCUGAACCCAGAGAUCCCCAAAAGCUUUGCAGCGCUCCCUGAGUUUUACAUUGAAGACGUUGCUGAGUUCCUGCUUUUUAUUGUACAGUAUUCCCCGCAGGUCCUGUACGAGCCCUGCACUCAGGACAUCGUCACCUUCCUCGUGGUCUUCAUCUGUAGCCAGAACUACAUCCGUAACCCCUACCUGAUCGCCAAGCUGGUGGAGGUGCUGUUCGUCACCAACCCCGCCGUGCAGCCCCGCACCCAACGCUUCUCCGAAAUGAUGGAGAACCACCCGCUGGCCGUCAAACAGCUGGUCCCCGCCCUCAUGAAGUUCUACACGGAUGUGGAGCACACCGGCGCCACGAGCGAGUUCUACGACAAGUUCACCAUCCGUUACCACAUCAGCACCAUCUUCAAGAGCCUGUGGCAGAACAUCGGCCAUCACGGCACUUUCCUGGAGGAGUUCAACUCUGGGAAGCAGUUUGUGCGCUACAUAAACAUGCUGAUCAACGACACCACUUUCCUGCUGGACGAGAGCCUGGAGUCGCUGAAACGCAUCCACGAGGUUCAGGAGGAGAUGAAGAACAAGGAGCAGUGGGAUCAGCUGCCCAGGGAGCAGCAGCAGAGCAGACAGUCGCAGCUGACGCAGGACGAGCGGGUGUCGCGCUCCUACCUGGCUCUGGCCACCGAGACGGUGGACAUGUUCCACAUCCUCACCAAGCAGGUGCAGAAGCCCUUCCUGCGGCCGGAGCUGGGUCCUCGUCUGGCUGCCAUGCUCAACUUCAACCUCCAGCAGCUGUGCGGACCCAAGUGCCGGGACCUGAAGGUGGAGAACCCUGAGAAGUACGGCUUCGAGCCAAAGAAGCUGCUGGAUCAGCUGACCGACAUAUACCUGCAGCUGGACUGUGCCCGAUUCGCUAAGGCCAUUGCUGAUGACCAGCGCUCGUAUAGCCGCGAGCUCUUCGAAGAAGUCAUUUCCAAGAUGAGGAAAGCUGGCAUCAAAUCCACUAUUGCUAUUGAGAAGUUCAAGCUGCUUUCUGAGAAGGUUGAGGAGAUAGUCGCCAGAAACUCCCAGUCGGAAAUCGACUACAGCGAUGCUCCAGACGAGUUCAAAGAUCCUCUGAUGGACACCCUGAUGAGCGACCCUGUUCGCCUGCCUUCUGGGAACGUCAUGGACCGGGCCAUCAUCCUGCGCCACCUGCUCAACUCCCCCACCGACCCCUUCAACAGACAGCCCCUGACCGAGAACAUGCUGGAGUCAGUUCCAGAGCUGAAGGAGCGAAUCCAAGCUUGGAUGAGAGAGAAGCAGGGUGGGCGUUACCUUCAGUGAGUCACGCCCACUGCCAUCACUAAGGGACGACCUCACCGCACCUGGACACAUCAAUGUGAAGACAGAGGAAAAAGGCCUAAUUUGAUUCUUUGAUUUUGUUAUUUUUGCUGUAUUUUAUUAUUUUUUUGUAGGGCUGAGGCCUCAAUGACUGUCAGCUCUAAACGUAUUAAAAAUAAUAAAAAAUAGACUUUUAAAAGGU